AUGCCAUUCCUUUGGGGCAAGUCAUUCUUGUUCUUGGAACAUACGGCGUUUUCGGGUAUUCUUGUCAUUUUCGAUUACUAUCCAUUGGGCGAAAUGGUUAUUUUUCAUUUUGGUUUAUUAUCUAUCAACGAAACCACCUGCGAACAAGCAAAGCCCGCUAACUUGAAAUUUGAUUUCAAAGCUGACUACAAUAUGGGAAGACGGAACAAUUUUCAGCAGGUUUUCGGUUGGGGCCUAUGGUUGUUUCCACUGAACACAACAGUAGAAGAUGGCAUGCACUUUCAAAUACGGUAUUGUGCAGCAACCAUGACAUCACCUAGGAAAUAUCAUCUUGUGAAUGCAUUCAGUUACGUUGAUCCAGCAAACCAAAUGCGAUACAAAAGAGUAAUAAAUGACCGGUUAAGCCGUACAGUGACAGGCGUGUAG